AUGAGUGUCAUCAUCCUGAACUGCAUUACGCUGGGACUCUACCAGCCGUGCUCAGACCCAAAAUGCUUGACGAUCAGGUGCAAAGUUCUUGAAGCUUUCGACCAUGCAAUUUUUGCUUUUUUCGCCCUUGAGAUGAUCAUCAAGGUCGUUGCCAUGGGGUUCGUCGGCAAAAAGACCUACCUGUCUGAGAACUGGAACAAGCUGGAUAUGUUCAUUGUGCUGGCUGGGGUAGCUGAAUACUUCCUGGACACGACGCACGACCUCAACUUGUCCGCCAUCAGAACUGUCAGAGUUCUCAGGCCUCUCCGAGCCAUCAAUAGGAUUCCUAGUUUGUGUUUGGUUGUUAUUUAG